AUGUACGUCUACGAAAUUGUGUCAUCAUUAAAAAUCACUACACGCAUUCUCCGAAGGGAGGAGAUUGCACAAAUAUUCGACAAGGUUGUCCUCCGAGCCCUCAAAGUGGUAUAUGAACAAGUCAAAAAGGCCACAGAAAAGAAUAACAACCCAGUGAAAUUGAUAAUCCUUUGUGGGGUGAUGGUCGACAUCGUCUAUGGGAGCAGAACUCUAUGGUCUCAAACCGACAAUGAUCCCGACCUCGACAGCGAUGGAAAUCAGUACAACUUCCCAGCAAAUCGAAUGUGCGUUACAGGAUGCAUCCAAUGGUUUAUCAGACGGGAUGACAGCGUCGAAGAGAAGGCCAAAUGGACCCACGAAUACAUAACCUUGAAAAGAACUGGAAGUGCUACAGAGACUGCUGGCGGCCUUCUGUUGUAUUGCUCCAAGAACCUAACCCCACGACAAAGGCAAGUCCAGUUUAACCUAAUGAUCCGACUACAUGAGAAGAGAUCGACUAAUUCUCAUAAUCAAGGGUCAAUGAAAAGACAGUGGGAGUCCGAAACGAGACCCGGCCCAAAAAGAGUUGGCUUCACGGAGGCGGAGUAUCGAGGUGGCGAGAGCUAA